AUGCAUGAACAACCUACCAUUUAUGCUCUUUCCACUUCACCCGGAAAAGCAGGAGUUGCAGUGAUUCGUGUUUCUGGUAGCCGGGCAAAAGAGGCCAUUCAUCGAUUAACAAAAAGUAAAGCGGCAGCCAGUGAACCACGAAAAGCCCACUUUUGUCGCAUACGCCAUCCAGUGUCAAGGCAGAGUUUGGAUCGUGGUUUGGUGCUGUGGUUUCCGGGUCCUCACAGUUUCACCGGAGAAGAUAUUGUGGAAUUUCAGGUUCACGGUGGCCCUGCCGUGGUUCGCAGCGUCCUCGACGCACUGCAGACACUGCAAGGUUAUCGUAUGGCCGAACAGGGCGAAUUUGCCAAAAGAGCUUUUGAUAAUGAUAAAUUGGAUUUGACUGAAUUGGAAGGAUUGGCUGAUCUGCUGAAUGCAGAGACAGAAGUUCAGAGAAAAUUAGCCCUGCGUCAAGCCGAAGGUGGACUAAGGAUCCCCUACGAACGUUGGCGUGAACAAAUCAUUCACAGCAUGGCCCAAACAGAGGCUGUCAUCGAUUUUGGCGAAGACGAACAAAUCGACGAAGGUGUUUUAGAUCAAGUGCAUGAGAAUAUUACUCAACUACGGGACGCCAUGGAAAGUCAUCUGCAAGAUAACCGUGUGGGUGAAAUUGUGCGCAAUGGCGUUCAGGUAGCGAUUAUUGGCCCGCCCAAUGCUGGCAAAAGCACACUACUGAAUCGAUUAGCAAAGCGAGAAGCCGCCAUUGUCUCGGAUACCCCGGGUACAACGCGCGAUAUCGUCGAGGUCAACCUGAACCUGGGUGGCUAUCCUGUGGUGGUGAGCGAUACUGCAGGAUUAAGACAAUCAGACGACGUCAUUGAAAUGGAAGGUGUGCGGCGAGCCAAAGCAAGAUUGCAAACUUCAGAUAUCAAAAUCUGUUUACUGUCAUAUUCGCAACUGCUGUCGCGAGACCAAGAAUUACGCCUUGAUCCGAUUCUUCGAGAUAUCCUUGAUCAAGACACAUACCUGAUUUUGAACAAGGAAGAUAUCAGCAAAGAUGUGGACGCCAAACGAUGGGUCGACAAGGUUCAGCGUGAAACCGGAGUGCGCAAAGUAUGGUCCAUGAGUUGCAAGACGGAUCACGGCGUCGAUGUGUUCUUGCAGGACAUGAUCGAUCUCUUGAAAGAAAAGUUUGACGAUUAUAUCAAUAGCCCGGUGCUGAUCACGCAAGUGCGUCAUCGUCAUCAUCUCCAAGAGUGUAUCGCUUCUCUCAACAACUAUCUAAGCCUAUCCACGGACGAUGUUGUACUUUCUGCUGAAGAACUGCGGCAAGCAGCCAAUGCUUUGGGAAGGAUCACCGGACGCGUGGAUGUUGAGGAUGUUCUCGAUGCCCUCUUUAGCCAGUUUUGCAUCGGUAAAUAG